CCUAUUUUCUGUUUGAAAACAAAGCCUAGGAGCUGCAAAAUCAUCUGUUCAAUUGAAUCAAUUGACACAGACUGGAGUUGGUUCUACUUUGGAUGUAACAUACACAACACACGUGCUAUCAAAAUUGGUAGAAGCAAUCCUGGAACUGAAAAGCCAUUAUUUCGUUGCGAAGCGUGUCAUGCUAAUGUGACAAAUGUUUCACCAAAGUACAAGCUGCAUUUGUUUGUCAAAGAUGAUAGUGAGUCAUGUAAAAUCAUGUUGCUUGACACUGUUGCUAAAACCAUUGUUGGUAACACUGCUGAAGAACUUUGGAAUGGUUCAUAUGAUGAGAUAGAUGAUCCAGAAUUAUUGCCAGAACCUGUCCAUAAUAUAUGUGAAAAAUCAUUUUGUUUUGGAGUUUCAAUAAGUUCUGAUAAUGUAACAAAUGGAGCUGAUACUUUCUUCGCUUCUAAAGUCUGGACUAAUGAUACCAUGUAUCAUAUCGAGUCUGCUGCUGAACCAGUUUCAAAUAUUGGUACCACUUCGUCCACUUUUUCUGGUGGAGAGGUUUCCAUGUUCAACCCUAACUCUCGGAAUUCAUCGGAAGGAGUAUCAACCCCCUUCUCGAAGCGUAAGGAAGACGAUGCCGAACUAAAAGAUAUCACCUCGACCUCAAAGAAAUUGUGCACUAAAAGCAUAAAGUUGGAGAAGGCUAAGAAUGAUUAGUUAUGCUUGGGUUGUUUGAUGAAUUUUUGUUUUCAUUUUAUGUUUUCUAUUUUUCUGUUUGGUAUUUUAGAAUGUUAUUUUGCUGGUGUUUUCAUUUGCUCUUAAUUUUUUUAAUAUAAUAGAUCUUCAUCUGAUAAAUUUAGUCAUUUUAUUUUUGCUUAUAAAAUAUACUUGAUGGGACAAGUGAAAUAUACUUUUGACUAA